CCCCCGGGGCAUAGGGACCCCAGGGAGGGGCAGGUGCUGAGGAUGUGGGGUGCACCCCCGGGGCAUAGGGACCCCAGGGAGGGGCAGGUGCUGAGGAUGUGGGGUGAACCCCUGAGGCACAAGGUCCUUUGUGUGGGACAGGUAUUGAGGACAUGGGGUGAAUCCUCUGUUACAUGGGGUGACCAUAGUCAUUCAUCACAGAGGCUACCCCUCUGAUGCCCAGUAUUUUUAGUCUCUCUACAUAUAAAAAUAUUUUCCUUUUAUCUGGUCGUUAUUGUGAGCUUUUUCUGAACUAGUGUUCAUUGAAAAUUUUGCAUGGAAACUGUUUUUGACCAAAAAUUGUGUUUUCAAUUAAGUGAACAUUUUUACAGAAAGUGUGUGCUUUCUUUGAAAUUUUUUUUAAAUAUUUCAUCAGAAAACUAGAAAUGUUUAACUUUUUCCCAGAAAGUUAAUUCUUUAAUUGUAACACUUUCACUUUUUUCAAUCAGCUGUAUUGUAUACUCUAUUUUUGUACCAUUCUUUUUGAAAUAAGGUGACCAGAUCUAAACACAGUAUUCCAAGUGAGGACAUACCAUCAAUUUGUGUAGUGUAAAUAUUUAAUGUAUUUUUCUAUCCAUUCUUUGUACACAAAUCCUUAAAAUCCUCUUCCCUCAAGUACUUAAGGGACUGUUCAUGUGAGUAAAUUACUCCCAUGCUCAAAUUCUCUAGGAUUGGGGGUCUCACAUGUCAACUUUUUUGUUUGAUUAUGGGUUGUGGUUUUUUUGAUGUUAUUUUUUGACUGCCAUUGCACAUGGUUUUGAUGUAGAGAAGAGGAUUUGUGCCUUAAUUUCAGCAGUAAUUCUUAUACAAAGAGAGACUAAAAAUAAGUUUGUCUUUAAUUUUUCAUGUGUCCCUUAUUUUCCUGAAGUGUAUGUAGUGACUAGGUGAUUUUAGUUAUAUUAAUGUGCCCAUCCUAAAUUCUAUUGUUGUUUUUAUAGCAUUUUUCAUCUGAGAUACUUAAAGAACUUCACAAAUGAUAUAAAACCCUCUGAAUUUUACCCUAUUUAUUGAUGGAGAAACUGAGGCACAGAGGUUAGGUGACUUCCCCCUGGUCACACAGCAAAUUGAUGUAAAUGGGAAUAUAAAUUCUAUUUCCUGAGUCUGAUGUCUUAAAACCACAGGUACUUCAGCUCUGAAGGAAAAUGAAAGGCGGGGUUACUGAAGAACAUCUGUACCUGGCGUACUCCCAUCAAUUUGAAGAUUGCAUCUUUCCUCUCCACACAUCAAUAUCCUUGUUUUUGCUGUCCUACUGUGACUGCAAAUUAUUCAAAGUUUUCUUAGUGCCUGCUAGUGACAGUACAGAUGACCAGUUAUUUGGCAAAGCACAGCCUGAUGACCUAGAGGUCCACUUAAUCUCAAGGUGUCAACUCCCUUUGGUUGUCCAGAGUUGCUGUUUGCCUGCUAUAGUUGAAGAAAAUGGCAAAUUCUGUCGAGCUGGUCUUUCUGUUGUGUUGAGGCACAUAAUACAGAAAACAUAUGAGGUAGAUCCAUCAAAGAAGUUGGUUUUGGAACUUUUGGGGUUUAAAAAGACGUGCCUAAAAGCCUGUGCUGAAGUUAGUCAGUGGACCAGACUUUGUGAGAUCAGCAUCCCUCAGGCUGUUGAGAGCUUAUUGAAUGCGUCUCCCGAUCAGUGUCAGGCCAUUCCACCUGAGGUUUUGCUUCUUGAGAAGAAGCUAGGAGAACCUGUCAGAGUGCACAAUGAUGACAAAAUCCGAAGGCAGAAACUUCAACAGCAAAAGGCAGGUGAUAAGACUGCAGCACCUGCCCUCGCUAAAAGAGCAACAAAAAAUCUUAGCCCAGAAGAAGGAACAAUAGUGGAAAUCAAAGACCAAGAAGAACGUGCAAGUUUGGAACUGAAAGUAGCUUUCUCAAAAUUAGUUGUGCAGGAAAUACCUGCUACAACCAACAGGGAGUCCUCUCACAUCAGGAAAACAAAAACCUCUGAUCUCCCACCUCUGGAGCAUGUUUUUGUUGAGGGGCUUUAUUUCACUCUGGCAGAUGUAGUGCUUUUGCCAUGCAUCCAUCAAUUCUUGGUUUUCAUCAAGAAACACAACAAAAAGCUAUUAGAUUUGCCUCUGAUAUCCAGUUGGUACCACAGAGUUCAGGAAGUGCCUGGAGUAAAGAGUGCUGCUGCCAAGUGCAAUAUGCUGUUUCUCCAAUUUCCAGAUUUGCGGUCUUUCCCAGAUGAGCAGCUGAGAGACUUCCAUACAAUUCCUGAUGACUUAGAGGAAGAACAUGAAGAUUAUCAGUUUAUAGGCGGUCCAAGGCCAACCAUGACAAAGUUAAUGGAAAGCGGUAUUGAAGCAAAGUUUUCUCCUCAUCCCUGCCCUAGGUGGACCCUAGAUUGGAACAGUCUACCAGCAGCAGUCAGUCCUGGAGAAGGAAAGAUGUCCAGUGAUCGUGCUCUGAGGAAACAGCAGCAAUUGAAUAAUCUGGUGUCCAUGGUGACAAAAUUAUCUAAACCCGGAGAUGUGGUUGUGGAUUUUUGCAGUGGAGGGGGCCAUGUAGGAAUUGUUCUUGCUCACAUGUUGCCAUCAUGCCAGGUGGUGCUGAUAGAAAAUAAGGAGUUGUCAUUGAUACGUGCUAAAGACAGAAGUGAUGAAUUAGGAUUACAGAAUAUUUGGUUCGUUCAAGCAAACCUGGACUAUUUUAAAGGAACUUUUAAUAUUGGGGUGGCUCUGCAUGCUUGUGGCGUGGCAACAGAUAUGGUGAUUGAGCACUGCAUCAAGGCUCAUGCAGCCUUUGUCAUCUGCCCUUGCUGUUAUGGUUUCAUUCAGAACACAGUGAAAUUUACAUUUCCACGAAGUCAUCGGUUCAAGGAAGUUUUAUCCUAUAAGGAGCACAUGAUUCUUUGCAGAUUUGCAGAUCAGACCGCUGUUCAGCUUCCACCCGAACGCAGACUAAUAGGAAAACACUGUAUGGGGCUGGUGGAUCUGGAUCGGGCAUGGGCUGCAGAAGGAUGCAACUACUCUGUCCAAGUGAUGUCCAUGGAGCCAGAAAGUUGCUCUCCAAAGAACAACAUGGUAGUGGGUGUCCCUAUUUAGGUUAAGAGAUUUAUAUUUGAUUUUAAUUUGGGCAUCAAUUAUGAACAAUGCCAGGGGUUCAAACUUCUGGGAAGCAGACAUCAAACAUCCUGAACCCAUGGUCUUCAGAAAAGGAAGUAGCAGGAAAAGGGUUGGAAAGUUGGCUGCCUACAGAGCAUCACAAAUCCUACUUGUAAUAUGUUAUUAAAUGACUGCUGGCUUUCAUAAUGAGAAUCCUCUGAAGCAUUCACCUGCCUACAGAGUAAUAUCCACCAGGAAUGAAAUGUUUUAUUUGUCCUGAAUUGAAAUGUGUUGUUUCCAUUUUGAGCAUUUAAUGUUUUUAAUAAAAUUAAAGGAAAUUUUGAAAUAAAAAGUAAUUUUGAAUCAAAA